AUGGAGAGCAAGGCGCUGCGCGUGCGUCUGGGGCUGGCGGCCCUGCUGCUGGCCGGCUGCCUGCUGAUGGCGGGCCUGCAGGAGGCCCACGCGACGGCGGCGGAAGCGACGCAGCCGGAGACCACCACGGCGCGCGUGCUCAAGGCGACGGGUGUGGGGUAUAAGCCGGAGGAGGCCAACCCCUACUCGCGCGGAUGCCACGCCCAAAAUGGCUGCCGCGGCUGA